UUUUGGUAUUUUACAACACUAAAGUGCACGUUGCCACGAAAAAUCGCCGGACGGAUUUAGAUCCUGAGAUUUUGUUUUAGAUAUUGGCAACCAACUAGGGCAUAAAACAAGCCAUGGGAAAGAAACUGGAGCGGAGCGACGUCUGUCGCGUGCCGGAAAACAUUAAUUUCCCGGCCGAGGAGGAGAACGUUCUGCAGAGGUGGCGUGAGGAAAAUGUCUUUGAAAGGUGCAGCCAGCUGUCGAAGGGAAAGCCCAAAUAUACGUUCUACGACGGUCCGCCCUUCGCUACUGGCUUGCCUCAUUACGGGCACAUUCUGGCCGGCACCAUCAAGGACAUUGUAACGCGCUAUGCCUACCAGCAGGGGUACCACGUGGAUCGCCGCUUCGGCUGGGAUUGCCACGGAUUGCCCGUGGAGUUCGAAAUCGACAAGCUUUUGAACAUCCGAGGACCCGAGGACGUAGCACAGAUGGGCAUCACCGCCUACAACGCAGAGUGCAGGAAGAUCGUGAUGCGGUACGCCGACGAGUGGGAGAAUAUUGUGACUCGUGUGGGUCGCUGGAUCGACUUCAAAAACGACUACAAGACCUUGUACCCCUGGUACAUGGAGUCCAUUUGGUGGAUCUUCAAGCAGCUGUACGACAAAGGUCUAGUUUAUCAGGGUGUGAAAGUGAUGCCGUACUCUACUGCCUGCACAACGUCACUGUCCAACUUUGAGGCUAAUCAGAACUACAAAGAGGUGGUUGAUCCAUGUGUGGUGGUUGCCUUGGAGGCGGUAAGUCUGCCCAACACAUUUUUCCUGGUCUGGACAACUACGCCGUGGACCCUGCCGUCGAACUUUGCGUGCUGCGUUCACCCUACUAUGACUUACGUAAAGGUGCGCGACGUGAAGAGCGAUCGCCUCUUCAUACUCGCUGAGUCACGCCUUUCCUAUGUCUACAAAACGGAAGCGGAGUACGAGGUGAAGGAAAAGUUUGCUGGAAAAACCCUCAAAGAUCUGCACUACAAGCCUUUGUUCCCAUACUUUGCUAAGCGCGGCGCCGAGGUGAAGGCCUAUCGCGUGCUAGUCGACGAAUACGUCACCGAGGAUUCGGGUACUGGCAUCGUUCACAAUGCACCAUACUUCGGAGAGGACGAUUACAGGGUCUGCCUGGCUGCGGGCCUCAUCACAAAGUCCAGCGAGGUGCUUUGUCCAGUGGACGAAGCUGGUCGGUUUACCAAGGAGGCCACCGAUUUCGAAGGCCAGUAUGUAAAGGACGCAGACAAGCAGAUCAUGGCUGUUUUAAAAACGCGUGGCAACCUGGUGUCUAGCGGACAAGUGAAGCAUAGCUACCCAUUCUGUUGGCGGUCGGACACUCCAUUGAUCUACAAAGCCGUGCCGUCGUGGUUCGUGCGUGUGGAGCACAUGUCGAAGAACCUGCUGGCCUGCAGCUCCCAGACUUACUGGGUCCCCGACUUUGUGAAGGAAAAACGAUUUGGAAACUGGCUGAGGGAGGCUAGAGACUGGGCUAUCUCCCGCAACAGAUACUGGGGCACGCCAAUUCCCAUUUGGCGGUCACCAAACGGCGAGGAGACUAUAGUUAUCGGAAGCAUCAAGCAGUUGGCAGAGCUGUCUGGCGUGCAGGUAGAGGACUUACAUCGGGAAAGCAUCGAUCACAUUGAAAUACCUUCGGCGGUCCCUGGAAAUCCUCCCCUACGUCGCAUUGCGCCCGUCUUUGAUUGUUGGUUCGAGUCCGGAUCCAUGCCGUUCGCCCAGCAACACUUUCCCUUCGAGAACGAAAAGGAUUUCAUGAACAACUUCCCCGCCGACUUCAUCGCCGAGGGCAUUGAUCAGACCCGUGGUUGGUUCUACACGCUCCUUGUCAUUUCGACGGCCUUGUUUAACAAGGCGCCGUUCAAGAACCUCAUUGCCAGUGGCUUGGUCCUCGCCGCGGAUGGUCAGAAGAUGUCAAAACGCAAGAAGAACUAUCCAGACCCCAUGGAGGUGGUCCACAAGUAUGGUGCAGAUGCCUUGCGCUUGUACCUGAUCAACUCGCCUGUUGUGAGGGCUGAGAGUCUACGCUUCAAGGAAGAGGGCGUUCGCGACAUCAUCAAGGAUGUGUUCCUGCCCUGGUACAACGCCUACCGUUUCCUGCUUCAAAACAUUGCUCGGUAUGAAAAGGAAGACCUCGGCGGAAAGGGACAAUACAUUUAUGAGCGCGAGCGCCACUUAAAGAAUAUGGAUAAGGCUUCCGUCAUUGAUGUGUGGAUUCUGUCCUUCAAGGAAUCCCUUUUGCAGUUCUUUGCCGAGGAAAUGAAGAUGUACCGAUUGUACACAGUCGUACCUCGGCUAACGAAGUUCAUCGAUCAACUGACCAACUGGUACGUUCGGUUGAACCGUCGUCGGAUUAAGGGAGAACUUGGCGCCGAACAGUGCAUCCAGUCGCUAGACACUCUCUAUGAUGUUCUUUACACAAUGGUCCAGAUGAUGGCCCCCUUCACGCCUUACCUUACCGAGUACAUAUUCCAGCGGCUGGUUUUGUUCCAGCCUCCUGGGUCAUUGGAACACGCCGACUCGGUCCACUACCAAAUGAUGCCCGUUAGCCAGAGCAAGUUCAUCCGAAACGACAUCGAGCGCUCGGUGUCUUUGAUGCAGUCGGUUGUGGAGUUGGGUCGCGUUAUGCGCGAUCGCAGAACUUUGCCUGUGAAAUAUCCUGUUUCGGAGAUUAUCGUCAUCCACAAAGAUGCUCAAGUACUGGAAGCUAUCAAGAAUUUGCAGGACUUUAUUCUUAGCGAGCUGAACGUUCGCAAGCUGACUCUGAGCUCUGAUAAAGAAAAGUACGGCGUCACCUUGAGGGCUGAGCCUGAUCAUAAGACUCUCGGCCAGCGACUCAAGGGUAACUUUAAGGCGGUUAUGGCUGCUAUCAAGGCGCUGAAGGAUGAUGACAUUCAAAAGCAAGUGGCCCAGGGCUACUUCAACAUCUUAGAUCAGCGAAUAGAACUAGACGAAGUCCGAAUUAUUUACUGCACAUCUGAGCAGGUUGGCGGUCACUUUGAGGCCCACAGCGAUAAUGAGGUUUUGGUGUUGCUGGACAUGACGCCGAACGAAGAACUUCUGGAAGAGGGAUUGGCCCGAGAGGUCAUCAAUCGAGUGCAAAAGCUAAAGAAGAAGGCUCAACUAAUCCCGACAGAUCCCGUUCUCAUCUUCCACGAGCUUGAGGCCAAUAGCUCCAAGAAGGAGACAUUGGAGACGCAGGCUCAGCUGAAGAAGGUUUUAAGCAGCUAUUCCGAUAUGAUUAAGACGGCCAUUAAGUCAGAAUUUGCACCGUAUUCGGCCGAGAAGUCCGCCAAGAAACGAGUCAUUGCCAGUGAGCUUGUCGAUCUGAAAGGAAUUAACUUGAAGCUUACUAUCUGUUCCACGGAGGAUUUGCAACUGCCCAAUCUGCCAUUUUUGAACGUUGCUUUGGCCGAAGAUCUAAAGCCGCGAUUCGGCAACGGAAACAAGGCGUCGCUGUUCCUGCAGCACAGUGCCAGCCAGCAGACAAUCAGUUUGCCUCAGCUGCGCAGGGAACUGGAGAUUUUGUUUGGUCUGUACGGAGUCAACUUUAACAUCUAUGUUGUUGACCAGAAAAGUAGUGCCAAGGAACUGACCUCUGUCGAUAAGAGCCUCAAUGGAAAGUUGUUGGUAUUAUCUCGGGGGGCAGAGGCACUAAACAGUAAAGCGUCGUUCGAUGUACCCCCAUCUCCUUUCUCCAAGUUUGUGAACCAUGGGUCAACCGCUGCCUUUACAGAGAAUCCAAAGGGUACUACCUUAAUCUAAACUGAAGACUUUGACAUCCUAUGUAUGGUAUUUGAUUGAGAAUGAACGAAAAAUAAAUGUUAUCAACUUUUACAAAAAGUUGUAAACCAAUCGAA